AACUUUCUGGGAUUCAAGAAAGUUUUUAAUCCGCAUGCAUUGCUAAUGGUUCCAUCACAGGAUGGUACUCCUGACAUUCUCAGCACAUCACCUUCUGGAUCUAACGAAGAAAAAGUCCCAGCUAAUCUUUCAAAGACAGCACUAGCGUUACGAAAUCAACUUGCUAGUCUUCCAGCCAAUAAUGCCAUCGAGUUCUUGGCAAACGUUCGCAAGGUUGCUCGCGAGAUUGACAUUGAAGCAAAUGUGGUCUCUGAAGAAUUAGCCGUCAUUGAGGAAUCUUACCCACGAAUUCUUUCUACGCUUCAAGGUUUCAAGCGAGAUUUGCUACUCAUGAGGGAGGAGGUCUGCAAUACUCGUAGUCAGUAUGAGGCCUUCGUGAAAACCUUUAUGGGACUUUUGCAGAAGGUGAGUUGGUGCUUGAACUUUGCCUAA